AUGGACACUGGAGCAAAUCAGGUGCACCAGCACCGAGCAGCAGCAAGGCUGCAUCAGCACCAGCAGUCAUCCCAGGGGCGGGCGCGGGUGCCACUGUUGGCGUUGGCGCGACACAGGCUGGUGCUCAGCCUGCUGGAACUAACACGCCAUCUGCCGGGGCCAAUCCUACGACAGCCGGAGCCAAUGCCACGACUGCAAGUGCUGGACCCACAGCUGCGGGUGUGGGCGCCGGGGCAGCACAGCAGGCGCAGGCAGGCGCUGGUGGGAUAUCUGGAGCCAAUUCUGGCACGCAGCCUGGGGCUGCCAGUGACCCUAACACCCAGCCAGGAGUGGGGGUGGGUGAUGCAAGAUAUUGGCGCCAACUCUGCUGGAUCUUCCGGCACUGCUGGGGCAGGCAUAGCUCCUGAUCAGGCCUCCCCUGCCUCUCCGGACACAAUCGCCCCAAUUGGCAGCCAGGCGAGUCCAACGGACACCGCUGGGUUCUCACCAGCAGACAACCAGCUGACGGCCGAUACUACUUCCAAGAGCUCUGCCCCAGGUGACUCAGCAGGUUCUACCGUCGAUGCGGCAGCUCCGGCCGACUGUUCUGAUUGUGCAUCACCGUCGGCCGCACCAGCCGGCAGCAUGGGGGGAAUCUAUGAGGGGGUCCCGGCGGGGGGCCCCACCGAGCCACUGCAGCUGAUCGAUGACGGGGACACCGGGGGGAACUCCCCUGCGGCGGCCCCCCAGCAGAGUGCUGACAUGGCAGAGCUGACGUACCGCGUCCUUGUGCUCGGCCUGCGGCCUGGUGAUAAAGAUCCAUCUGCGAGCGGCUGA